CAAAGGAAAAAAAGAGAAUUAUCUCGGGUAUGGGAAAGGAUUUAGAGGAUAUGAUUCGUUUGGUGUAUGAUUCUCAUAAGGAAAACACCAUUGUUGGUCCGGAUACAAUCUCGAGUUCUUUAGAUAAUACUCAUGCUACACUGGACAAUUCCCCAAUUCCCGCAAUCCCCAAUUCCUACAAUCCCCCAUCCCCGCAAUCCUCCGUCCCCGCAAUUGCAGCUUGCAGACAUGCCCCUUCAAGUCAACAAUUCCAGCCUCACCAUGCCGCAAAUUGUAGCUUGCAAGCACAACCCCUCCAAGUCAACAAUUCCUGCAGACCUUACCAUGUUGCAAAUUACAGCUGCAGUCGCCCCACUCCUCCCAAGUCAACAAUAGCAGCUCGCCCCCACCUCUAG